UGACGUCGGGCGCGUUCCACGCAUGCGCGUUAGCGGUGGCGCUUUCAAAUAGUUUGAACAGCAUCGGCGGCUAGCCUGAAUUCUUCGAUUGAUUUGUGGUAAAGAAUCUCCGAAAAUUUCGAUUUUAAAAGACCUGAAACUUUCCCUAUGUUUGCAUUAACGUUGUAAUAUAUGGAGCAGACGGCUAUGGAAGAGGAUGCACCAAUCAGCUUUAAAGCACUGAGGGCUAAAUUUCAGGAAGAGGCCCUCCUGGCCCAAUCUAAAUUCACCCGCCCAGCUGUUGCUGACAAGCCCAAACACCUGCCUCCUCCUGGAGGCCAUUGCAGCUCAUUGGUGAGCGGCGCCGGCGAGGACAGCAAAACUCUGGUGGUUACCCGUGCCGUUUUCAGAGAUGAGCUUCGGGGAUCUGGAGGCAAACGACCAAUUUCUUUCCCCUCGCCGCCUCACCAGACGUGUCCUUCUCAAGACGAGGGCGCGACAACAAGGCAGUCUCUCAAAGAGCGCCGCAUGCCUCUGGUCCUUCCAGUUCUGCCUGUGAAAAAUCAAGCACUAGAAUCCCCAACUGAAAAGGAGCGCAAACCCGAAACAGACUUGGGAAAGGAAGUCUUGCCACAUAUGAGGGUUAAAAAAAAAGGGUUGCUGCUUCCCUUUAAGUCAGCGAAAACAUCAAAGUUCAAUGCAGAAGAUGGUGAGGAGACGAGCUUUUCGGAUUUGACUAACAGGCCCGCAAGUGUGCCUGGUGAACUCCCCUCGAUGGAGAAGCAAAGUGUAGAAGAUGGGGUUUCCCUGCAAAGUGAUCAGUCAACCACUGAGUACCCUCCUUCUAGUCCAGAUCUCCCACAAACUCCCCUUUCUGCAGAGGUCCGGUCAAACUCCGAUAGCAGAAUUUUUAGCACUUUAGAGAAGGCCAAGAGGAAGUUCACACCACGGCAGAUUUUAAGCUCCACCAAACCGAAGCGCCUGAUCUCCCCUGAGUACGCAUCAAGAGAAAGAGCUUUCCCUUCAUCGCCCAAAACCUUGGACGCCUUUUGCUCUCCUGCUCCCAUCGCGGCUCCGGGUAGCCUUCCACACCUUGCAUGUAUUUCUGCUCGACCUUUUUUCAAAACCACCAACUCUGCGCACAAGCUUGUAUUUGAAAAGCGCUAUCUAAGGGAAAAUGCUGAAGGGUCAUCAGCCAAGUCUGAACCUUCGUCACCCCUGAGGAAGUCACUGCCUGACCUGAGGACACUGGGACCGCUGCCAGCAAAGCCCCCCAGGCCACCUUUGGUAGAUCUCAGCCGAUAUCAAGCGCCGAUUGUAAAUAAGGAAUCAGCAGAUCCUCUAAAAGAGCAGCCGUUUGUGCCUCCAUCCACCUCCAAUCCGAUCCUGGAUGCCCCCGAGAUUCCAGACUUUGACAUCUCAGAAAUAGAAACCGAUGUAGAAGCUGUCGAUAUCGCAGCUUUAGACCUGGAGGCUUUGGACAUACUCUGUUCAGAAAUUGGCAUGCCUGCACCGCGUGGGGUUCCGGGUUGUGAAGCUCCGCAACCCGACCUGUCAGCUGCUGAUCCCGCGGAGACAAUCGAGAGCUCCAUCGUCCAGGAUCUGAACCUCGGCAGUCAAAACAUAAUCCCCCUUGAUCCAGCCAGCUCCCCUGAACCAAUAAACCUGCCGGAGUUUCCCGAGCCCUCUGCUCCGGAGCGGUGCUCCCAAAGUAAGGAGCCAGCUGCCGAGUCUUUCAGCAGCUCUCGUUCUGACGAAACUCUUUCGGCGGUUGCUAAGAGGCAGUCCGUCCCGGAGGACUCGGAGCUCAGCAGCCACACAGCCCGGACUGAUGACAGGCACACACAAUCAAGUGCACAUCAGUCGGACGGCUGCUACGAAGCGUAUGAUAACUUGUAUGAAGACGUGGAGACAGUCAACAAAAUGAUGUCUGGUCAGGUUUCAAUUAAACAAAGAGCCGCACUGAAGAAUCCAUAUGCUGAGAAUCGCCCUAUGUUGUAUUUCCAGCGGGAGGAGCCAUGUCACAACAAACGCCUGCGGCAUCCAUGGAGCUCUGCACAUGGAGAACAUGCUCAAGUCAUCCAUCAUGUCCACAGUAAGGAACAUCUAAGCCCUAACUCUGCGGACUAUAAAGAACAGCGGAAGAGGGAGAAACAGCGUCUGGAGAGGGAAAGGAAGGAGCAAAAAGAACGAGAGAAGAAGGAAAAUGAGAUGAAAAAGAAAUUCAAAGUGACUGGAGAUGAGGAACCCAUGUACCAUGCCAAGGUGACAGCUGCCGGUAAAGUGCGUAAGCACGACCUGCCCGUCAAGAGCGGCGACACGGUCAGCAUCAUUCGAACCACCAACUGCCCUAAAGGGAAAUGGCUAGCCAGGGAUUCCAACAAUAAGUAUGGGUACAUUUCAGUGAUGAACGUGGAGCUAAACAUCAAGGAGAUGCUGGAACUUGGAAAGAAAGCUCAAGCCGCUGGCCGAGGAGCCAACCAGGAUGGAGACACCAUCAGCAUUGGAAGCCGAUCUUCAAGUCACCCUGUCAUGACGAGCAGUUUCACAGACGACAGUGAGGAGUGGGCCUGUGAGGAUGAGAUGCUCUCACCUUCCAAUGAAAGCCACAGCUUUCCUCAGCAGAAUUCCUCGCUGCCCGAGACGUCGUGUCUUCAAGCUGGUGACGCCAGCCUGGACGACCCGCACACACAGAACCGGCAUGAAGCGCUGCAGAAGUUGGCCUUCUUCUUUCAGCACAACAAAGAUGAACCGAGUGACUUUGCUGAUGGCGAAGGAGCAACACCUACAAAUGCAGAGACGUCAAACUACUUAUGUGCCGUGGAAGAGCCUCCAUAUCCCGAACAAGAGGUAGACUUCACAGAACUAUGCCUCCUUCCUCCCCCACCGCUGUACGCUGAUGGCUUCUGAUCUGAACACAAGCAGAAGAAGGAAACGUCCCUGCGAAAAAAAACACCCCAGGGAAACGUCCUCGGAGAGUAAUGACAUUUAUUUAAAGAUAUUUUUGAUAUGCUGCUGUGGAGACGGGAUGCAGUUUGAAUGUUUAUGCAACCACUGUUAUUUCACUCUGUUGUAAAGAAUCUAGAAUCCUUUUCUUGCUUUACCCCCAUUUUGUUCUGUUCAAAUUCACUGAAAAAGAUGCACAGUUUCAAUUACUGCACAUUACACUUUUGUUUUUGUUUGUUUUCAUGUUGGACCAAAUAAAUAUUUGACAGUGAUUUACACUUAA